AAAGUUGGGCAUAAAAAAAUACCUAAACCUGCUUCUUAACAUGGUACCAGAAGAGAGCUAUUGCCAAGAGUUUGAUUUAUAGAGAAAUCAUGGUUCGACUGACCUUGGAUCUAAUUGCCAAAAAGAGCAAUCUUAAAUCCCGAAAAGAAGAAACCACUUUACAAUACCUGAAGAAAAUAACUCAUAUAAAUUUUUCAGCCAAAAAUAUAGAUGCAAUUGAAGACCUCUCUCUUUGCAAAAAUCUUAGCGUUUUAUAUUUGUAUGAUAACUGUAUUAGUCAAAUCACUAACCUGAAUUAUGCCACAAAUCUGACCCACUUAUACCUACAAAACAAUUGUAUUUCAUGUAUAGAGAACCUCGGGUCAUUAAAGAAACUGGAAAAACUAUAUCUGGGAGGCAACUACAUUGCUGUCAUAGAAGGCUUAGAAGGCUUAGAAGGACUAAGAGAGCUUCAUGUUGAGAGUCAGAGGCUUCCCCUUGGAGAAAAGCUCCUGUUUGAUCCAAGAACUCUUCAUUCUCUGGCAAAAUCCCUCUCUAUAUUGAAUAUCAGCAAUAAUAAUAUUGAUGAUGUAAGAGACUUAGAAAUACUGGAGAAUCUUAAUCAGCUCAUAGCAGUUGACAAUCAACUUCUGCAUGUGAAGGAUUUGGAGUGUUUACUGAACAAGUUGACGAAGCUGUGGAAAAUGGAUCUAAACAGAAAUCCUGUUUGUCUCAAACCGAAAUACAGAGAUAGACUAAUAUUGGUGUCCAAAUCACUGGGAAUCUCUCUUUGAAGGAAUCUGAAAGCUUGCUGACAAAAAAUGAUGUAUGUGAACCUCACCUUCUUCAUAACUCAAAAGUAAAAGAAAAUGUGUUUGUAAAACACCAGUAAAUUCAGCCUUAAGCGAUCUGAAACGUGUGACUCUUUACCUUUAUAGUAUUACUAGGCAACAUCAUCCUUUGUGGUUUGUAGCUUUAUGGCAUCUCAUUAUAUAAGAAGAACCUUUUGAGUUCUUGUUUGAUUUGCUUCUUUAUAGAAUCCGAAACAGUGCUUUCCAACUGCUUUAUUCCUCAUUACAUACAAUUCACAGGGGAAAUAAAGGUGUGCUUUCUCAUUCACCAAAAGAAAGUAAUCCUUUUUUGAACCAACAGUAUUUUGGUGUGCUUCUUUCUAAAGUGUAAAUCGAACUACAGUUACUGAAUGGGAAUUGAGAUGAAAACCUGAGGAUUCUUUUGAUUCACUAGUAUACUUAAAGUGUGUGGAAUUCUACACUCAAAUACAAUAAGUGCCACCAUUACUAUGCACUAGUCUGUAGCUCCAAUUUUAAAAUCUAUGGUAAAGGAUGAAAUUAUGUCAGGUAUACAAGAGCGGUUUCAUUAAUGCUAUUUUAAAUUUGAUAUUCAGUCUUGACCGCAAAGAAGGUGUUUUAACGUCCUGCUCUUCCCCACGCAGGCACUGUUUUCAAGGAUGGACUAAUCACGUCGCUGGGAAAUACGGGGCGUCCGCUCAGACUUCACCUCUGAAGGCGAUGGGUCCAAACGGGCGGAAGCCACAGAGGGUCGGGGAGCGUCCAGGGCCCAGGCUUCCUGAGCGGCUGGGAACGGGCCUCGCGGGGCAGCGCCCCCUUUUCUCAAGGAGGCCGGAGAGAGCCCCUCCCCGCACGGCCGCCGGCCCCGCUCCCCGGGGGGGCCACGAGGGCUAAACACUUCAGGCGAGUUCCCCGCAGGGAAACUCCAAAUCCGUCCAAAUAGAGAAACAAAGCGGGGGCCCCUGGGGGAUGGGUGAGGCGCCGGAACUUCGGGGAGAAGCGACCGCGACUGGGGGAACUUCCUAAGGUACCACAGACAGUGGGCGCGCUCGAGCUAAGUGCAGUUUAUCUCUGGGCGGCUCAGUAAACUGGUCACGGAAUCCCGAGGGUGGAGGGACUACGCUUUAAGCAGUUAGGGCAG